UUUUCUCAAGCCCAGCCGCAUGCUAGUGAUAAAGUGUGAGGCCAAUGCUAGUAAGAGCGCGAACCAAGCUUUUGAAGCACAUUCAUGAAGUGGCUGGCAAGUAUAUCUGACGCGUUAGUUCCAAUCAACAGCAGCAACAAUCACCGAGUUACUCGCAUCGCUCUUGGGAGGAGCCCACCAUUCCUUAAAAGCAUUCCGUAUGAAGUAAGAUGUUAGGUCCCACCAAAUGGAGACUCCUAACGAUAGUCGCCGGAAUAUUACUCGCACAUGCAAUUGAAUCACCGAAUAGCAGAAGCAAUAAACUCAAGGGACAGGUUCACACUUUCACAAACCCAGAUCUUGGCCUGCGGAUAGAACAAAUUGAACCCUGGGGCAGUCGAACUAUCACUUCCCGGAAUUUGCUUGUUCCGCAUCAAACAUUUUCCAAUGUAGAUAACAUUAGAUACAUCGACAGCCGAUCAGCCAAUAGUCGUCUAUUGCGGAACACUUUCGGAGCAUUUAGAUUUGCUGAGCCAAUUCCUCCGCAACCAUAUCCGGUGCCUUUACAGCAGCCCAUCACUGCUCAACAGAGAAGAGCAAAAAAUUUCCAGAAUCGACGUUCAGAUGAGGGGACGCAACAGGCGGGCUUUCGAUUGCCAGCAUCACAAACGGAAUCGCUUCCUCAACCACAGAGUUUUCCAAGCCCUCUACCAACAACUGAAGUAACGCCAAUCAGCGGGCUUCAAAACGUCACUCGGACCCGACAGCAUCGCUACAAAUUCAUCCCCAUUGGAUACUUUUACAAAGAGCCCACUAGUAGCCCGAAAUUAACCCCAAUCCGAAAUACACAACCUCCCAAAACCACCCAAGAUGAUGAACCCGGCGAUUCAUCAUAUCCCGAAGAUGAUCCUCAAUCCGAAGACUAUAACUCCAGUCUGGAAAGAAAUGACACAGAGUCAGACCCGAACGCAAUGGGUGCUCGCCGUUCCGGGAUACAGUUUCCACCUGGACCGUACAAAGUGGCCAGCACGUUUACUCCGCAAGCGUACAACGAAGAAAGUUUCGCUUUUAAUGAACAACUAGGAAUUUACCAUAGGCCAGUUCAGACCGCAGAUGAUUACGAUGAUGCGGAAGCAUACGAUACCCGACAGCCGCGAACCCCCACGGCUGUUCCAACGCCGGAACUGGACCAGUCGGAAAUUUCACGCAACAUUUACGCCAAUCGAUACUUCCGAGGGGACUUCCAGCGACCGCAGCCAACGGCUGGGCUGGAUCUUCGACCAGCCGAGUCACAAGUACGGCCCAGCCGAUUGGUGGAGUUUCCGGGAGUAGUCAACGUGAAGCAACCAUUUCGGGACGAAGUCACCAAGUUUGGCGACGUAAACGGCCCAAUUACGGCCGUUCAGCGACCUUACGUAGACUACGGUGACGGUAAACGCUACCGAGCGUACGAUCCGAACUACUACGUGGACAGCCCGUACCAGACGAAUCGGCACUAUUUCCCAGCGAAGGUAUACACCGAAUCGAGCCAGAAAAUUUACCAGCCGUGGAAGUCGGCCCGAUCGCCACGGGUCGUGUUUCCACAGGGGGACUUCUCCGGCCCGACCGGGUUCGGUGUGGAUAAUGUUGUUUUCAGGGACCAAAAUUUCGGCCUCAACGAGCUGGCAGCGAUCCAGGAUGUGCGGAACGAGUUCAACCAGGAUGAUGACAUCAUCGAUGACCCGUCGACAGCCAGCAAAGAUCGAGUUGCCCUCUCAAUUUAUAGACCACACAAUAUCCUACCCUCGUAUCAUAGUCCCUACCCAGUAGUAGUAGUGCCAAAACCACACAUAGUGAUUCCCAAGGUGCGGAUGCGCAUCAAUCCGCACUCCGGUGCGACCAGUAGUAGUACUAAAGCAAACAAACCAUAUGCGCUUCAUCAAACUGCAGUUGGUGGUGACGGUGGGCUUCGUCUCGGGGUCCGAUCCGAACUGCAGUGCCAGGACGAGGGUGGCACCUGCGAGUUCUUUCUACUGUGCUGGAUGUCCGGCGGACUGCUGCAGGGCAGCUGUGGCGGCCUGCUGAAGGGUUGCUGCCAUCGGACGGCCAAGUCGGCCAACAUCGCCAGCGGCACCGGGAACGCGAUCGAUCUAACAAAUCUUCCAAAUUACGAUUACGGUCCGGUUGAGAAUGAUCCUAGUUGCGGUAUCUCGCUAGCGAAGCAGACGGCUCAGCGGCGGAUUGUCGGCGGUGACGAUGCCGGUUUCGGGUCGUUUCCCUGGCAAGCCUACAUACGAAUAGGUUCAUCGAGAUGCGGGGGUUCGCUGAUUUCACGGCGCCACGUGGUGACGGCCGGACACUGUGUUGCCCGGGCGACACCGCGUCAAGUGCACGUGACCCUGGGGGACUACGUGAUCAACUCGGCCGUCGAACCACUGCCGGCCUAUACGUUCGGGGUGCGCUCGAUCAACGUUCAUCCCUACUUCAAGUUCACCCCGCAGGCAGACCGCUUCGACGUGGCGGUGCUCACGCUGGAACGAACCGUGCACUUUAUGCCGCACAUCGCACCCAUCUGUCUACCGGAGAAGAACGAAGAUUUUCUAGGCAAGUUCGGCUGGGCCGCCGGCUGGGGUGCAUUAAAUCCGGGCUCGCGGUUGCGACCGAAAACGCUACAAGCAGUCGAUGUUCCUGUGCUGGAUAACAGAGUUUGCGAAAGGUGGCACCGUUCGAAUGGAAUCAACGUGGUCAUCUACCCGGAAAUGCUGUGCGCCGGGUACCGGGGCGGCGGGAAGGACUCUUGCCAGGGCGACUCCGGUGGUCCGCUGAUGCACGAGAAGAGCGGACGAUGGUUUCUGAUAGGUAUCGUGUCAGCAGGAUACUCCUGUGCCAACCGGGGUCAACCCGGAAUUUACCACCGCGUCGCCAACACCGUGGACUGGAUUUCACACAUCGUCCAAAUUUCGCCCUGAGAUAACCGCUAAGUCAAACUCAUUUCAACCCACAGAAAGCAGCCCAUAUGAGAAUUAGAGUCAGUCGAAGAAAAAAAAAAUACGAAAGCUUGAAAUCUACAUUUGUAUUGAUUCGGUUUUACAAUUCUUGGUGCUGAAAAAAUUAUUUAUGAGGAAUACCACCGGCAAGCAAAAAAGUUA